AUGCCCCCUCCACUCCCCUCGCAACACCGCGGGAUGACCGCCAACCCUCUCAAGCCAGUCAGACGCUAUCGGCCGGGGAAACCGAUCGCGGAAGAACCUUCAUCAUCAGAGGAAGAGGAUGAGGCGGAUGAAGAGGUACAGGAGCAGGAGCGGCGUCGACAGCAGCAGCAGCGCCAGAGACAGCAGGCUCCCAAAGCGACUUCGUUUCCGGCUGCGGCUGCAGCUGGGAAGAUUACGAAGGGUGUUAAGGAUGUGAAGAUUCAGGAAGAUGAGGAUGAGGAAGGGUUUGUUACCGAGGAAGAGGAAGAGGAUGAAGCGCCACCGAAAGUUACUGCUCGUGUUGCUGGCGACAGAGCGGGAUUUGCGCCGACGCCAGGGACGGCAGAAGCAGUAGGGGCAGAUGAAGAGGAGGAGGGAGAGGAAGAGGAGGAAAGCUCUGAAGAAGAGGAAAGUAGCUCCGAGGAUGAAGCGCCUCGACGGGUUCUCCUCCGACCCACAUUCAUCAAGAAGGACAAACGCAACAACGCAGCGGAGCCAGCACAGAACGCCACCAAUGUUGCCGACUCAGCAGCGGAGGCGGAGGCGCGCAAGGUUCAACGACAAGAAAAGGCAGAGCUGCUGAUUCGGGAACAGUUAGAGAAGGACGCCAUUGCUCGGACGACAGCCAAUAGGGCAUGGGAUGACGACGAAGUCGUGGAAGCAGGUGAAGAAGGCGCCAUCGACGAUACGGACGGCGUGGAUCCGGAAGCAGAAUACGCCGCGUGGAAGCUUCGGGAACUCAAGCGUGUCAAGCGGGAGCGCGAGGCAAUCGAGGAAGCGGAGAAGGAGCGGGAGGAGAUCGAGCGGCGACGGAACCUGACGGCGGAGGAGCGCGAGCGCGAAGACCGCGAGUUCAUCGAGAAGCAGAAGGAGGAGAAGGAGGCUAGUCGGGGCCAGACUGGGUUCAUGCAGCGCUACUUCCACAAGGGUGCUUUCUUCCGCGACGACCUGGAGCGCGAGGGUCUAGAUAAGAGAAAUGUGAUGGGCCAUAGAUUCGCGGACGACGUCGCUCGCGAAACGCUACCGGAGUAUAUGCAGAUUCGGGACAUGACGAAGCUAGGAAAGAAAGGACGCACACGGUACAGAGACUUGAGGACGGAGGACACGGGUCGCUUCGGCGACAGCUUGGACAACCGAUCUCGUCGCCGUGACGGCGCUCCUAUCGGCAUCACUGACGAGCGGUUCCUACCAGACCGUCCGGACGACCGUCCCAAAGGACCCACGGGGGCCAAUGCCAGUGCUUUGCGCGAAAGACGGAGGUCGCGAUCAAGGUCCAAUUCUCCGCGACGCGAUCGCUAUCGUGAUCGCCGUGACGACAGGCAGGACGGUCGUGGCGAUCGGAGUCGCGAUCGGGAUCAUGAGCGUGAUCGCUCGAGGGAUCGAUACAGACCCGACCACAGCAGCCGCAGAAAACGCAGUCCAUCACCUUAUGACGAUCGCGACAAGCGGCGCCGUGUGGAAAAUGAUGCAUAA